AUGUUGGGGAAGAAACAGUACUAUAACUCUGCUCCCAGAGUGGACCGCCGGCGGAGCGAGGGACGGCGAAGCGGAGGCGCGGACCGGGCGGGCGGGUGGCGCGGGCUGGGCCGCGGAGUCGGACGCGAGGGGGCGGCCGCGGCGCCCAGCCCGAGGCCUGGCGCAGAGCAGCGGGAGGCGGCGCAGGCCGCGGCGGGGCCUGCAGCAGCCCGCCGACCCUGCGAGGCGCCCGACGAGUCUCCGGGGCAGCUUAGCCUCGGGCUCGGCAGCUGGGAGCGACCGGGGGAGGCCCCUCGGCCACUUACCUGGGGGGAAGACAGCCGGGAUCCCGGGGGCCCGGGCCGGACAGCGGAGAUGCCCCAAACUGACACGGCCGCCAUCUUGGAGACAGGAUAACUCUGUAUGAGGAUCCUGGACAGAAGCUGUGUCCGCAGAGCCUGGCUGCAGAUGAGAUGGAGAGCUUGCAAUGCUGCAGGUCUAGGAACUAAUUACCUAAUCUGGGCUAGCGUUAGCCCCGCAACAGCUAUUCCUUGCCUACCUCUGUGUCAAAGGUGAAUAAUAGAUAAAACCUGUAAUUUAUUAACUUAAAAGCCAAGAAUGUCACCAGGUAGCAUAUUAGGCCUAUAGAACACUUUUCCCCAUCUUGCUAUACCUGCCUCUGUGAUUUCCCCACCAAUGUAUUUUAAACUUGCCUUGAUUUAUGACUUCCAUUGUUCUGUAAAACUAUGUAAAACUUUGUGAACUUCCUUCCAUGUUGGAACAUGAAAUUUGGGGUAACCUACAUCUGUGUUCCUGGGCCACAGUCACUCAGAAUGGCUCCAGAAUAAACUGCCUCUGAUACCCUUUAAGUCAAAAGAAAAUCUGCU